CGCGCGCUUCGCUCCGUGCGUUCCCCCAAGCCAGCACACAACGGACUAAACCUCAGCGAAAGCAAACAUCGGAGCAAGUCCCACCACUCGCACUCCUCUGAUCCUUAUCGUCACAGCGGUUCUAAAUCACAUCAUAGCAGUUCCCAGAGUGCGACCCAGCCAGUAGACGACACGCUCUGGUACUGGCUGAAGACCCAACAGGCUAUGCUCGACUUGACAGCGCAGACGACCACCGCCCACCCGCUGCACCUCGGCAAAUCUAGCGAGCCCAGUCUACCGCCAAAGCCGGUCGCGCCGGCUCCUCCUCUAAAUUCGCACUUAGAUUACAAUAGAAACUCUUGGCUGUGGCAAUAUUACAAACAGUUUGGGGGCGCGAUGCCCCUGCCGGAGGAUAAACUGAAAUCGGCAUCGCAGGUCCCGAAAGACAAAGCGGCGGAGAACAUUCUUUAUUCGCAAUUGACAAGAGGCAAACCGGAGGAGGAACACGCCGCGACUGCGAUACCGAUCCCUGUGCCACCGCAGCCCGCCGCCACCGGGGAGGUGCGCGAGUCAGCCGCGCCCGAGCCUCGCGUGCCCGAACCCGUACCCAGCCCCGACGUCGGAACAGAGAACAAGGAGCCCAAUCACGAGAAAAAUGUGGACACCAGCAGAAGUCAAAACAAGGCUCGGAAUGUCCUGGACAACUUGCUUUUCAAUAAUACCAAUCAAACGUGCGGAGAGGAGGCGAAGUCGAACGAGGUCACGAACGGAGAGUGGGAGAGUGGCGCGGCGGAGGCGCUGGAGCACGGGGAGAAGUUCUUGAGGUGGCUGGAGGCGAGCGGCGACCCCAGC